AUGGAAUUUGCGCCUUCAUCUCCUAUCGCCUCUCCUCCUCGAUCAAGCAGUCCUGCCCCCACUAACUUGAGUUCUGCAACUCGGGUUGAACCAAUCUCAUUUGAUUUUUAUAAGAAGACAAAUUAUUUGAACUCUCCUCAUUUGAUGAUGUCUGACAUAGGCUCUGGUUCUGAUGCAGGUUCUCCCAGUGUUCCCCUCUCCCCAGUUGAUGAGGUGCCUCAACCCCAUGAGGCAAGGCAGAGUAUAUUGUAUAAUGUACCCAAGUCUCCAAAGUCUCCGAAUGCAAGGCGGAGCAUAUUGUACAGACACCUUAAAUCUCCUUUGCACUCUCACCUCAAAUCUUCUUCCUGGCAGCCUGGAAAGCCUCACACCAAAAUCUCUGUAUCUCCUCCCCAUCGUGGUCAGCAUCUAAUUGAGCGAAUGUCAAAGAAAAGUAUUCCAUACACUUCCCGUCCAGCUCCACUGGAGCUUCAAUUUGCAGCUCAUGUAUCAGGGCAAGGAUUUAAACCAGAAUUCACGGCUGAAGAAAUUCACGAGCUCGCUGGCCGAGAAGCUGCACGCCAACAUCUUGUGAUGACGACAUGGGAGCUCGAGGCAUCAGAACAGUACACAACAUUUCUCAAUGGACUUCAUUUUUUUUCUGACCGGUCACAAGAAGAACUUGAGAAUGAUAUCAACUACCUUCAAGCCAUUUAUGACGACGAUUGCAAGAUACUUCGGGCUGUAGCUGCCCAAGUGGAUGUUCUCAAAAAGCAUUUAGGAUCAUGUGUCCAAGCAGAUAUAUUGGGUUCCAUGGGAGAGUCUUCCCACUUGCCCCGAUUUGUCGGUAAAUCCUCUGGUACAGACGAUAGCAUGGAUGAUGAUAACGAUGAUCAAAUUGAUGGUGGCUCACAGUGCAAGGGAAAAGCUGUCGUCCCUAAGCCAGCCAGGGGAUCAGGCCUCAAUCUGUCUGGUUUGCCAGUCGCUGACCAACUCAAUCUCCCCGCAGAACGACCUCAAAUGUCAGCAUUUGAUUUUGAUCCCUAUGGGCAGACUGUACCAGGGUGGCCAGUCACGCAGGUGCGCCGCAACAGGCCUAUGAUGACACUCAAGGCUAGUCAUUGGCCCGUCGUCAUUUGGAGAUGGGCAGGAGCAGGGGCCGUUGUUUUACUCACAGGGUGCAACAUCGUUUGGAGACGCACAGGGCCCAUUGUCGUUUGGAAACAUGCAAGAGCAGAGCAGCAAUUUUAUGGAGAUGCACAGGGGCCGUCAAUUUACGAAAAUGCAGGGGGCCUGUCAUUGUUUGGAAACAUGCAGGAGCAGGAGCAGCAAUUUUAUGGAGACUCACAGGGCGCGUCUUCACACACUGAUGGACAGGACUACUACAAUGUCCGAGAUGCCCCACUCGACGCAGGUCCUUCCAACUACUGA